AUGGAGUCAUAUACAGAAAGAGAGGUUUUUCCAAAAAAAAUCGAAGAGUAUGGAUACAAAUUUAAUGAAAACGGAGAAUUAAGAAAUAUUAAAACGAAAGAAAGAUUUUUGUUCGUUGUUAAACCCGAAGAUCGUUCUUAUAACCAAAGACACUAUGAGGCAUUGGGUGAGGUAAUUGGUGUAUAUAUUGAAGAACAAUUAGUGAAGAGAUUUAACCUCAUCAAAGAACCGAUUCCGGUGGAACCGGAUGAAAAUGGAUUUCCAAAAAGUCGAAUUUAUCUCAGUGGAGAUGCCCUAGAUUGUCAAACUUUGCUUUUGCUAAUUCAAGGAAGUGGAGUAGUGCGACCUGGACAAUGGGCACGUCAAGCAAAACGCGUUAAUUCUUGA